AUGCACAAAGUGAGCCAGUUCAUGUGCGAGACCUGUGGCGUCAGCUACGCUACCAAGAAAAGAUUAGCUAAACAUUACCAAAGCGUUCACGAAACUAAUCAGAAUUAUCAGAAAACAUACACCUGCAAGCAAUGCUGCAAGAACUUCGCGACUCGGCACAAACGUGAUAACGAGAAGCGAAUACACGAUAUGAAAGCUAGCACAUGUGAUAUUUGUAACCAAACCUUAGGCAGCGCGUUUAAAAAGGCAACCCACUUGGCCAACGUCCACAAUGUUAGGCAGGCCGAGUUUAAAUGCGACAGUUGUCCUAAAGUCUUCCUGCUUGCAAGUCAGCUAGAUAUCCACAAUAGGAGGAUAUACGUGAAAGAAAGAACUAAAGUUUGCGACGUGUGCGGAGACAAAUUCUGUGAUGAUCAUCAUCUGAAGUUGCACAAGGUUAAACACAGAGAGGAAAAACCUUAUGGGUGCGAUAUCUGCUUGAAAAAGUUUCCUCGAAAAAAGGCCCUGGUGUUACAUAAGAAGAUACACACGGGAGACAAGCCGCGCGUGUGUGAGGUGUGCGGGGAGGCGUGUGUGCAGACGACUAGCUUGAAGGUGCAUGUGCGGGUGCAUCACGGGAUUGGGAAGAAGCAGUCGAAGUGA